AUGUCUAUUGACAUCUCUCAGGAAUACUGGGCUCAACAUGACGAGUCUGGAGAGUAUCCCCAUGAGCUUCACGCUGCACUGGCAAAGGAUGGAUGGCUAGGCAUAGCUCUACCGGAAGAUCUAGGCGGUGCUGGACUAGGAAUCUCAGAAGCCACCAUGAUGCUGCAUACAAUUGCAGAGAGCGGCGCAGGCAUUGCAGGGGCACAAACAGUACAUGCCAAUGUCUAUGCCACGCAACCGGUUGCCAAAUUUGCAACCCGCGAGCAACGGCAGCGUAUGCUUCCCAAGCUCAUCAGCGGUGAAUAUAGAGCAUGUUUCGGCGUUACCGAACCCAACACUGGGCUUGAAACGCUGAAGCUUCGGACUCUGGCGAAGAGAGAUGGCGACCAUUACAGUAUUACAGGCCAGAAGAUCUGGAUAUCGUCUGCACAAGUCGCCUCUAAGAUGGUACUGCUCGCUCGUACCACGGCGCUGGAGGACGUCAAGAAACCGUCUGAGGGAUUGUCACUGUUCUUCAUCGACUUUGACAAGAAUGCCCCCGGACUCGAGCUCAAGCGCAUUAAGAAGAUGGGCGGCAGAGCUAUCGAUGCUAACGAGGUGUUUUUCGAUGGCUACCGUGUGCCUGCAGACUCGCUCAUCGGUGAAGAAGGCCAAGGUUUCAAGAUUGUUCUCCACGGCAUGAAUGCCGAACGUUGUCUCCUAGCCGGCGAAGCUCUCGGUCUGGGCUAUGCUGCGCUCACCAGAGCCUCGAACUACGCGCGCGAACGCGUCGUGUUCGGGCGACCUAUUGGGCAAAAUCAAGGCAUACAGCAUCCGCUCGCAGCAGCCUACAUGAAUCUCGAAGCCGCCAAGCUUGCAACCUAUCACGCUGCUCGCCUGUACGACAGCAGCGUUCAUGAUCAGAGCAUCACGCAGCAUGCGAUUGGCGUAGCAUGCAACUCUGCCAAGUAUCUCGCUGCUGAGGCGGCGUUUACUGCUUGUGAAAGAGCUGUGUUGGCGCACGGUGGCAUGGGGUACGCGCAGGAGUAUCAUGUGGAACGGUACUUGAGGGAAUGCUUCGUGCCACGGAUAGCGCCGGUCAGCAGGGAGAUGAUCUUGAACUACGUUGGCGAGAAAGUAUUGAAGCUGCCGCGGAGUUACUAG